AAGAGGGAAGAGAGAAGAGAAAAGCUGGCUUUCUGCUCUCACACUCAUUCCAUCCAUCCACAUAUCAAUGCAUGGAUGCCACGCAUACUACUGCCGAGACGACUUCAAACACGACGACCAAAGAAAGUCUCUCUCUGCUCCACAUUAGCUGGUACUGUACCCAGGUGAUGCAACAGCCGAGAGAGAAGAAAAAGCUCAGGUAGCUACAUGUAGCCGGCGUGAUGCGUAAACCCAACCCAACCCAACCAAACAACAGGCCAAUAGACCCAAUAUUAGGUCUGCCAACCCAUAAGGCCAACCAACCCAACAGGCGAAUCAACUCAAGCCUACGCGCAGAGGAAAAUAGCAAGCAGAAAGAGAGAGAGAAAGAUGGGAAGAUGGGAAGAAGGAAGAAAGAGGCAAGCAAGAAGCAAGAACGCAAAGAUGGAAGAAGGUACAUUAUUCAAUAACACUUACACACAUAGGUACUAUCUAGACCGAACGACCUCAGCCUAACAUAUGGUGUGGUGACUGAUGGACCGAUGGAUGGACUGGAGAUGGAAAAGAAAGAAAUCGAGAGAAAAAUCCCGAGAGAGAAAAAGUCCUGAGAGAGAAAAAGGUCGAGAGAGAGAAAAGGGUCGAGUCUGUACCAAACCUG